AUGAUGUCCCUGCAAUCUUUCUUCCUUCUUUCUCUUUUGGCUUCUCCAGUUGCCUCUUUUGGUGGCUUUGAUCCUGCUCUGAUUCAUCACUCCGUAUCCACCGCUACCUCGGCAGCUGAAUCUCUGAUCCACCACCAUUCUCAUGUCGUCGCAUCCUCAUCAGCAGCAGCAUCGUCUCCACUGGAUGCCGCUCAAUCUCUGUUGAAUGGCUACAAGAACCAGCUGGCAGCACAUCCAUUGCAAACCAAAAUGAUGACGGGUGCUACCCUGGCCAUGUGCGGGGAUGCCAUUGCGCAAUCCAAGGAAGAAGGACCCUACGAUACAACACGAGCUGCCUCGUUUGGAACCUUUGACAUGGCCUACCGAGCCCUCCAGCAUGCUAGCUUUCCUUGGAUUGUAGAGCACUGCAAGGGCCAAUUCUUGACGGCGGCAUUGGCAGGAAUCUUGGCGUCGACACACAUUUCCAUUACCCCGGACAUUACACAAAACUUUGCCGCCAUGGAACAAACAUUGGCAUCGCAAUUGGGCAUUGUUCCCUUUUUGUACUAUCCCGUCUUUUUUGGUCUGACUGGAUUCAUGCAAGGCUUGACCGUCUCGGGUAGUGUGGAACGCGCCCAAGAAAAGUUUUUGCCACUCAUGCAACGAAAUCUCUUGUUCUGGAUCCCUGUUCAAUUCGUACAGUUUGGAUUCGUCGAGGAGAGUCUGCAAAUCCCAUUCUUGUCCGUCUGCGGGCUGGGAUGGACAUUUAUCCUAUCCAUCAUGGCGGGUUCUACCAAAAACUACCAAGAUCAACCAGAGGACAAGGUCAACGUGGUGGUGCUGCCCAUGGAGGACGAACAAGUCAUCUUUCAACCUAGUCAUUUGGAUGCGCUUGGUGCCGCCGUGGUAGCUGCCACUGGUCAGCCAGAAGAACUUGGCAUGAUUGAGGAAGAACUGGCCAUCCCAAGCCAAAGGAACCAAACCAGCGGGGCGUUUGCCUACGAACAACCAUGA